UAAAUGCACAUGUUGUACGUAUUUGGUAAUUCUGCUCGACAUAUUGAUUAUACACAAGACUUGGGCUAAAUACAUCACUGGUCUUCAGGGUUUGUAUUGUAAGUUAUGAAUGCAUGCCAAACAUGUAAGCGUCUCUCUAUGUUGUCAGUAUAGUACAACAGUGUGCGCACCUUACCGGUCCACAGAAUCACACCCCAGCCUGGAUUCAUGCGAAAUGGAAUUUCACUUCAAAGAAGACUUUGAGUCCGAAACCCCCUUUGAGCAACAAGCACGUUGAACGCGACGCGAAUGUCUGGAGGAAACUACAACCAUAAAAGUCCGUGAAGCGAGACGUUGCUGCUGUUUUGGUCUUCUCUGGCCAUGUCGACGGACCGUUUGUGUCCACAUGGUUCAUAUAUUGUGUAGUCUUACUUUUCUGGUAAUGCCGCUUUCCCGAGUCAGUUAGAAGUUUCUGUGUUUUAACAGAAACCUCUCUGAAACUCAGGACAGCUGCGCGGCGGCGCCCUUUGACGCUUUAACGAAGAAGAUGUGACAGACAGCAGGACUCGGCGGCGGCAGAUGUCAAUGGCUGCAUUCAGACCCUUAAAAACACUUCAGGCAAUUACUGAAUGGACCAAGCUUGACUUUGAGAUCCCAAGACUGAUCAGCUGACCAGAGUUGGCGGCUAUCCAAACUCCUCCAGUCCCAGUUAAAACACUUCCCUGGUGCACUCUCCAGAGGUGAUCUUUCAGAUUUCCUGGACAUCUUUUUCAUGAGCAUCUUGCUGUAGUUAUAACCUACAACCCCUUCCCUCAUUCUUUUCCCCUUUCCCUGACCCUCCCCUUCUCAGCCUGUCAAGCCUUCCCCCGAAGUUGGAGCCCUACACUCUCUGGUCCCUGAAGUCAAACUGAAACUCCAACCAUUUUACUCAUCACUUUACCUCAGUUUCCACCUCUUUCAGUAGGCUUACCCCCAGCCUCCAUCCUCAAAACGCCCCUGGCCCCCCAGCCUGUUGGGCUGGCACUGGUGGCUCUGGGCCCCUGGCAGGGCUGCGUUUUAGGGAUGCUGGCCUGUCUUCUGCGCAGGAGCAUGUCUCAGAGGCUGAGUGUGUUACUGCUGCUCUUCGGCCUGGCCUGGUGUCUGCUCCUGCUCCACUAUACCGUCACACAGCCACGCCGCCAGAGUAGCACCGAGCUACGGCAACAGAUCCUGGAGCUCAGCCACCGCUAUGUCAAAGCCCUCAGUGAGGAAAACCACGACCCCUUAAGGCCCCAUGGUCCCUCUAUGGCUGGAUAUGCUGAUCUCAAAAGGACCAUUGCAGUCCUGUUGGAUGACAUUCUGAAUCGUUUGGUAAAGCUGGAGGGCAGGGUGGAUGCUGCGGUGAAUGCUUCCGCACACAACAGUUCUCACGCUGCGGGGGGUGCUGUCCUCGCUGCGGCGGCCAUUAUGCACCGGCCCACCAAACGGGACAAACCUGGCAACCACCCAGAUACACACAACAACCAGCCCCAGUCGCCGCCACGCCCUGGAAGUUAAUGAGUGAAGAGAAGUUGGUGGUGGGGCCACGGACACAGUCGUUGCAACACACUUUUUUGCAACACUGUUGCUGGAAUUGACGUAUAUAGAUCUAUAUUUUUUUAGUAUACAGCAGCUUUUUUUUUCUUUCAGCACAUGGGUUUUUUGGAAUAUGCACAGUAAGCUGCAUAAAAGAGGAAAAAAAAACUAGGGCACAGUCCUGCUUUUAAAGGAUGGUUCUGAUCAGGCAAUCAGUGAAAACUUUCUAAUGGAAGUGCAUUUGUGAAAUCAGCAGUUCAUCUGAAUUUGCAAUAAUUGCAUCACCUCAUCAGCCUGCUAACUGAAAUUGUGCACUUAGAGGUAAAUGACCUACAACUAAUGAGAAUAGCUUUGUCAUGUUAGCUGACCAUUUAAAUCUAUUUUCAAUGAUGCAUUGACUAUACAUAUGCUGUGCUAUUAGCUGUUCAACAGAGAGAGAACAUAAGCAAGUCCAAAGAAUGUGUUCAUUUAAAGCUUAUUGCACAUAUUUGCCAUUGAUUGAUGGUACAUUUAAUGCUAUAUUCUGCGUUCACUUUUGUAUUAUGGAGCUAUGGAGUACAGUAGAAUGUGACUGGCAAGAUGUAGACCAGUAUUAUGGUUAGGCGUUAUUAGGCUUAGGUUUCUUUAAAGGCCUGGUCAUGGAAUAGCCAAGAAGCAUACUUGUGCAUUGUAGAGGGAACUAGGCCUGCACAGGCUAGAGAUGAUUACAAUAUUGUAACUGCACCAUGUCUUGCACUACAUUGGUGACCCUUGAUGCUACAUGGUUAAAGAUUGGCCUGCAUCAUUAUGACCAAAGUUAUACACAUGUGCUGGCUCAUGGCCUUUAUUCAUCUCAACACUUACAGAAACCUUUCUGGAGUAUCUGAGCUUAGUCAGGAUGCUCACAAUAAAAUAUGUGGUGAUUGGUUAAAAUCUCUUUAGCAUAUGCAGCCUUCUGUCAUAUCAUUAUUGUGAAUGCUAAUCUUACAAUAACAACUAAGAUAUACUUAUUAUUUAUGGUAUAUUGUGCAGCCCUAGUAAAAUAGUGCACCCACACUUGUUGUUUCAGUACAAAAUCAGUUGGUUGUCAUCUGCCACUCGGGAUUCCUGAUUGGGGCUUUAAGGUUCCCUAACGCUAGUGCACUCCUCACAUCAUGUGACUGUCGCAGAGUAAUAAACACAUGCCGUGAGAGGUUGUGUGUCCCUAAAGUCUUA